AUGGAUCCUACGCCAGCUCUCCCCGUCCUUGACCUUUUCUCCCUCGCUGGCCACAACGUCCUCAUCACAGGCGCCACUCGCGGCAUCGGAGCCGCCUGCGCUAUCGCCCUCGCCGAAUCCGGUGCCAACAUAUGUCUCGUCCAGCGCCCAUCCACCACAAACAACUCUACCCGAGACGCCAUAGCCGCCCUCGGCCGUAUUGUCAAGACUGUCGACUGCGAUCUAAGUGACUUGGAGGCCGUCAAACACGUUUUUCCUGCCGCCCUCGAGGCCAUGGGCGGCGAAAUCCAUGUCCUCGUCAACAGCGCAGGCAUCCAGCGGAGAUCCCCGGCCGUCCAAUUCGCCGAGCGUGAUUGGGAUGAUGUCAUUGAUGUCAACCUCAAGUCUGUCUGGCUGCUUUCACAAGCAGCAGGCCAGCACAUGGUCCCGCGACGCCGCGGAAAGAUUAUCAACAUGUGCUCGCUAUUGACGUUCCAGGGUGGCUUCACUGUUCCCGCGUAUGCGGCGGCGAAGGGGGCACUGGGCCAGCUCACGAAAGCACUGAGCAACGAGUGGAGCAAGGAUAACGUUCAAGUGAACGGUAUCUGCCCAGGAUACAUCGCAACCGAUAUGAACGAGAAGCUGCUUCAGGACCCCGCGCGGCUGCGACAGAUCUCCGAGCGCAUCCCUGCAGGGCGUUGGGGUGAGCCGCGCGACUUUGCAGGCCCUGUCGUAUUUCUGGCAAGCAAGGCCAGCCAGUACGUGUGUGGGGAGUUGAUAUUAGUUGAUGGGGUGAGUGCUUUCGCAGUUCCUCUCCGCGCCGCGGCGGCCUUCCGCCCCCGGUAUGCGCGCAUCAGCUUUAUCUACGACGGCUAA